UUCAUACUGUCACAUAUACAGCUGCUACACAUUUGUGCACCUGACACUCUUACAUUGUUUCACUAUAUGACACUAAUGCUAAAACCUUUUGCUAACAUGGCAUAGGACGCUAUACAUAUGCCUUGAACAGCAUGCAUAUUAUAUAUAGACACCUAGCAGUAACAGAAUACACAUUAGUAUAUAGACUAUAAUUAAUGUGAAUAAUAAGUAUGUAAGGUGCAGACACGCACUGAUGAUUUUGCAAGUAUGUGAUGUAUAUGUAUGAGUCAACAAAUAAGAACUAGGUGAUUAGCUCUGUUAUAUAAUGGUGUCAAAACAAACAAAAAAGAAGCCUGAUCUUUUGAAUGGCAGCCCUGCAGCCAAGCUCCUCCCACUUACCAUAAGUCCCUCCCCUUAGGACAUCAGGCUUAGCACAAUGACAGCGCUGGCAAGGAUUUAGCUGCACAUGUGGUGGGCAGAAUUUAAGAGAUCUAGCUUUGUACUUGUGAGCCUUGGUUCUAUACCACACAGUUUUCUACCCUGCCUGGGAUCCAGCAAUGGAAUAAUGGAAACAGAAAAUGUCAGGAAAAUGGAAAGGAAAUGUGAAUUAAACAGGAUAAUAACGCUGGGAAUAUUUCCUGACACGUGACUGUUAAAUUGUAAAACCAAAUGUGACUUCUUAAGAAGAUGACCAGUGAUUGCAAGAAGCCAAUAUUUUCUGAUGGAUUGACUCAUAAUAAGAUAGUUCAAGACUAGUACUCUUCAUCAUUGCUGGAAGAAUUAUUUCAAACAGUGUUUGGUUACAACAUGUAGUGCCAAUAAGGGCUAUAAGAUAUGUUUCACAAACAAAUAAGUAAUGAAGAACUGGAUUAACAUAUGGGUGCUUAACAGAGACAACAUUCAUUAUUGUGGUUUGGUUUAUUUGUUAGCUAAUUGAAUUAAAUACAAGAAUGUUAUGUUCAAGGAAAAAAAAGCAAGCCAGUCUGAAGAACUCAUCAACCAUUGCUGUCCCGUCUAUGAAAGGACAUGGUUAUCUGGAUUACACCAUUGAAAACCAUCCUUCAAAGGCCUUUGAGAAGAUGGAUGAGCUAAGAAGGAAUAAUCAGUUGUGUGAUGUUCUUAUUAGGGUUAUUUAUAAAGAUCAAGUAGAGGAUUUCCAUGUCCACAAGAUUGUCCUUGCUUCCUGCAGCUCCUUCUUUAGGGCCAUGUUUACAAAUAACUUUCAAGAAUGUAACGCUCGAGAGGUGACAGUCAAAGACAUUUGUCCCAUAGUGAUGCAGAGGUUGAUAGAGUUUGCUUACACUUCAAGGAUAACUGUUGGAGAGAAGUGUGUCUUACAUGUACUAUUGGCUGCCAUGCAAUACCAGAUGGAAGAUGUGGCCAAAGCAUGCAGUGACUUCCUCAUCAAACAACUGGAUGCUACCAAUGUUAUUGGGAUAUCUAAUUUUGCUGAGCAAAUUGGGUGCACAGAAUUGUACAAGAAAGGAAGAGAAUUCAUUAAUACUCACUUCAGUGAGGUAACAAUGGAAGAAGAAUUUUUUAACUUAAGCCAUUGCCAGUUGCUGGACCUGGUCAGCCAAGAGAGUAUAAAUGUUCUCUGUGAAACUGAGGUUUACAAUGCUUGUUUAAGAUGGAUGCAAUGGGAUUUAAAUAGCAGAGCACAGUAUUUCCACGCCCUUCUAAAUGCUGUUCAUCUAUACUCACUGCCACCUAAAUUCUUGGCUGUACAGCUAAAACAAUGCCCAAUUCUCAACAGAGAGAAUUCUUGUAGACUGUAUCUUUCUAAGAUUUUCCAGGAAAUGUCCCUACACAAGCCACUUCCUCGCACCAGGCUGAGAGGGAUUCAGCUGAUAUAUGUGGCUGGUGGCUAUCUAAAAAGUUCACUGAACUCUAUGGAUGCCUAUAAUCCACAAACUCAUGAAUGGAUCAAACUUGAGGAUAUGCUAGAGCCAAGAAGUGGCCUUGGAGCUUGUAUCGCAUUUGGUUUGUUUUAUACAGUAGGUGGAAGGAAUAAUUCUUCUAAAGAAAAUACUGAUUCAAACUCUUUAGCUUGCUUCAACCCCAUGACUAACCAAUGGACUCCUAGAGCAUCAAUGAAUGUAGCCAGGAACCGUGUUGGAGUUGCUGUGGUUGAUGGAACAAUUUAUGCAGUGGGUGGUUCCAGUGGAUCUGAACAUCACAAAAGUGUUGAAAGGUAUGAUCCUGAGAACAAUGAAUGGAGUUUUGUUGCCCCAAUGCCUGUUGCACGUAUCGGGGCUGGCGUGGCUACAUGUAGAGGACUGCUGUACGCUGUGGGUGGGUUUGAUGGAGAAAAUCGUUUGAGCACUAUGGACUGUUACUAUCCUGAUGAAAACACAUGGCGGCCCAUGGCAUCCAUGAAAAUAAUUAGAAGUGGAGCAGGGGUGGUAGCACUAGACAGCUAUAUUUAUGCAGUUGGAGGAUAUGAUGGCAACAACCAGUUGGAUAGCGUGGAAAGAUACUACAUAGAUAGGAAUUCCUGGGAAACCAUGGCACCAAUGAAACACAGGCGGAGUGCGCAUGGCUUGACUGUCCAUCUGGGGAAGAUUUAUGCUCUUGGUGGAUUUAAUGCUGGAGGUUUUCUUUCAUCUGUUGAGUGUUAUUGCCCAGAAAGUAAUGAGUGGACAGAAGUAACAGAGAUGCCCAUAGGAUGCAGUGGCAUGGGAGUAGCUGUAACAAUGGAACCAUGUCCAAACCUCAUUGACAACGAAGAAGAGAGCUGAUAAAGGGCUUGAGGUCUAUGUAUUAAACUUGUGAAAGGCUUCAAAUUUGCAAGUGCCAUCCUUACAAGUGUCUUUGUGGCUUAAACUUGUGAGAGUUAAUUAUGUGGACAGUGGUAACAUCUCUGACUGCAAGAGCAUUUCACCAAGCUAUACUGUUCUAUUGAAAAACAUUUGCAUACCCACUCACCCUUAAAUAAGAGCACAUAUUCGGCUAGAUUACAAGUUAAGCACAAAUUUGCACUUACGCAUGACUUGCGCUUAACCUGGCAAUACCAGAGCACAUAAAUGUGCACUGGUAUUACAAGUAAGGUGCAAUGCAAACGCAAGCUGGCAUUUGCAUUGCUGGAAGCCAAGCUCUCACGGGAGCGCUCUUCCCUAGGCUCCAAUGGGAGCCUCGUUUUCAUGCCAGCAGCCGCGCACAAACACUUCACGCAGCGUUGGGCAGCAAUAAAUAAAUAAAUAUGUAUAUGAAUAAAACACAAAAAUAUAUAUACAUAUAAGCAUACACAUAUAUAUUUAUGGAGAAAACACAGUCCCCCAUUGACUCCUAUGUAACAGUACUUUAGGUGCCGUUGUUUUUAUAACACACCACAUCCCCUCACAUUAACCCCUUAUAACUGCUUUGUGCAGUUAUUUUAUUAAAAAAAGUCAAAAUGCUCAUACAUUUAUAUGAUAUUACUGUACUGUCCUCUUUAUUUCUGGGGCAAUUGGGACAACUUUUUAUUUUUAACCAGAGGUCUGACCUCUGGUUAAUUGUGCUUAGUGCACAGUGAAAAUGCAAACUUGCGGUCGCAUUAACCAGCCACUUGUAAUGGCUGGUUAUUUAAAGUGCACCUGUAAAUGGGCAAAUUUGCCCCAAUAAGGGCUCACGUUAAGAUAGCGCCUCACUUGUAAUCUAGCCCAUACUGAAUGAUUAUAAUACUGCAUAAAAAUAUCCUCCUUUCACACAUAGGUUAUUGUGGGUUUCAAAACCUAUAAAUAAUUAAAACUAUGAUGUUUUCAUGAGAACUAAAAUAUACACACAAAUGUACACACUGUGGUUCCUUAAGAACUGUAAUUGCCACACAAAGUAACAUUAAAGCUGAUACAGUUAUUCUGUAAAGCUUCUGUAAACCAAUUAGAUGGUCUCCUUAAGUACAGUAUAUCUAAGUACGAUUUACAACCUCAUAGUAUAAUUAUGAGGCUGCCAAUUUAAUGAUGUUGCUGCUUUAAUGUCACACAGUACUUGCAGAUCAUUGGCCAAGAUUCCUAUGCCACAUAUUUAAUUGGUCAUAUGGACCUCAUUGCCAAACUAAUGAACACAAUAAGAUGGAAGAGUUGCCUAUUUCAAAAGAACAUUUUUUUUUUCAGGCAGCCAGUAUGUUUGAUACAUAGACCUCCCAAUUCAUUUAAAAAUCAAAAGCAGCCUUUUAUUAUUGGACACCCAAAUUCAUCUGCAGAAUGGAGGAGAAUUCGGUGCCUGGAACAGAUAUUUGCACAGUGUCAUAAAUUCUUAGCACUUUAUUUCAAGAUUUAAUGUGUGUUGGGAUUUUUUUUUUAACUGGGUCAUGAAUUACAUAGUAUUUUUGCAAAUUUCAACAUUGAUCAUUAUUACCUUAUGUUUAUCUAUUGCCAACAUAUUUUCAGUGUUGUACAGGAGGGUGCAAUAAGUAUAUGGGACUUAUAAAAAGGAGCCUUCCAUCUGAUAUCUACUAAGCUUUCAAAUGGAAGUACAUUUUACUUGUCUUGGAGACAUUUACUCAUGGAUGAUACAGAAUAGCCUGCCCCGCUAAAGUCUUAACUCACUUAUGACAUAUGUUAAAAAUAACUUAAUUUUGUUUAAUAUCAGAGUCUCAUCAAUUGAACGCUUGAUCUGACAAUGUUAUGUAAAAGCACAAUGUAUAGAAUAUGAGAACUGUUUAUAAUAGGGGUAGUGACCCUUUUUGAGAAUGUGUGCCCUCAUUUUUGAUAAUCUUCCUAAAAAUUGUCUAUAAUAUUUAAAGGGACAUUAAAGUUUUUUUGUUUGCUUAAAUCCAAAAUCUAUAAUUCAGUUAUCUUAAUUACUGAUAUAUAUCAUUGAAAACAAUUUAUAUAUAAUAUAAAAACAAUACAUUAUUAAGCAGUAGCACUACAAUUGCAGAGAAUAACACCAGAAUACAAGCAAAUGCAUCAUGAGAGCCACCUUGGGCACUCAUGCCAUAGGUUUGCCACCCCUGGCUUAUAACUUCAGCUGCCAUUUUUUACUAUGUACAUACUGUAUAUGACUGUGUAUGUACCUUGUAUGUUUACAUGUGUAUAGCUGGCUCAGAUAAAGCAGUGCUAUCUAAAAUAAUGAACUGGUAUCUGCCUGGAUAUAAUAACUUCUGAGUUAACUCAUGGGCUAGAUUCAUCGACGCUUGUAAGGCCUUGUGGUAAAGGCAAGAUCAUAUGUUCAAAAUUCAUUGGGCAUACUUCUAAAACAGUUUAUUUAAAUGUUUGUGACUGUAAAAUAUUUGGGUAUUUUUUUAUAAUGUUCAAGUUGUCUUGCCCGAACUGAAGGCAUCUCCAGCAUUUGUCCAGCAGUGUACUAGAAGCAUGGUCGUGAUUUUUCAACUACACUUCAUAUUGGGUCUGUAUUUUGUUUGUUAUUUAAGGGGAUAGGAAAGUCAAAAUUAAACAUACAUGAUUAAAAUAGAGCAUGCCAUUUUAAGAUACUUUUAAAUUGAUUUUAAGUUUCAAAUCUACUUUAUUCUCUUGGUAUCCAUUGUUGAAAAAGAAUAUGUACAUAUCCUACACUAGUGGGAGCUAGCUGAUGAUUGGUGGCUGCACACAUUUGUCUCUUGUGAUUUGCUGACUAGAUGUGUACAGCUAGCUUUUAGUAGUGCUUUGCUGCUCCUUCAACAAAGGAUAUCAAGGGAAUGAAGCAAAUGUUAUAAUAUAUGUAAAUUGGAAAGCUGUUUAAAAAUGUAUGUUCUAUCUCAAUCCUGAAAGAAAAAGAAUGAGUUUCAUAACCCUUUAAAUGCCAACAAAAGCUUUAUUUUAUUCCUUUUAACUGUUUUCACAUUAUUAUUAUUUUUAUGUAAGAGUGAGCUGUUUUAUAGAGAGGGAGUUUUGUUUAUUUUGAUUUUUUUUGGUUCAUGUCUUGAAGAUGUUUUUUGUGAUGCCUGUGUUCUUCACAAUAGCACUUCUAUACACCAAGAACAGCUAAAAGACAGAUGCAGCAAUAUUCAUUAUAAUGGAGAGUGACUCUGAGGUUUUUACAUUUUCAAAUUUACUAGGGGUGGCAAAGAAUAUAUUUUUCUGUGUGUGUGGGGGGGUGGGGGGGUCCCUACAAGAUAAAAGCUUCACAAUUGCCAUUUAUUGAACCUAGGCCAAAUAUAAGUCUUAAUUUUUUUAGUUACAGAAACUUCUGGAAUGCAAAAACAUAUCUGCACAGAACAUAAGCUUAAAUAACACAAAACAACUUUGUUUUGCAAAGCAACUUAACUGAAAAUGUCUCAAUAAAAACAACACUUAGUAUUUUUAUGGAGUGUCAGACUUCCAAACUACCUCUGUUUUUAUUUAUUAAUAUUUCUGUUGUAAAUAUCAAAAACAAGCAUUGCUAGAAAAAUAAUAUGUCUAAAUGUAGCAACAAUUUAUAUUCAAUGUUGUAAAAAAUCGUUUCAAAUACAUAUACACAAAUGAUUAUUUUGCCCUAGGCCCAUUUUGGUUUUGGUUUUUCCUCUCUUUUGAUUAUUUGGUUAUUCCAUAGUUGCAUACAGACUAACAAUCCGUGGCACGCACCACAAUACAGACAUCAGGCAGAGCCUGUAUGAAUAUAUUUAUAUCUAAAGUGAAAAAAAACUCAAUUCUAGUUGAAUUUCUUGUGCUCUAAAAAAGGUGAUGCCAAGAUAUUGAUGAUCAUUUACUCAGCACACCCUGAUAAUAAAAUAAAAACUAUAUUCAAAUCGA